CGGCCUAAACCGCCAUCAUUUCACCCCCAACCAUCGGUCGCACAGGAAACCUUCACCACCGCGUCGCCAGCAAUGGACAAGCAACAGCCCAGCUCUUUCCAGCAGCUGGAGAAGCUUGGAGAGGGUACCUAUGCUACCGUAUGUGAUUUCCCCCUUUCCCGCCUUCGCUGCUGCGCGUGGUGACGACCCACACUAUAAGUCGAUCUAAAUACUUAUCCGAUGGUUAUCCUAGGUUUUCAAAGGACGGAAUCGCCAAACUGGUGAGCUGGUUGCCCUAAAAGAGAUCCAUCUAGACUCCGAAGAAGGAACGCCAUCGACCGCGAUUCGCGAAAUCUCUUUGAUGAAGGAGCUCAAACAUGAAAGUAUUGUUUCGCUAUACGAUGUGAUCCACACAGAGAACAAGCUGAUGCUUGUCUUCGAAUAUAUGGAUAAGGAUCUCAAGAAGUACAUGGAUACCCGGGGCGAUCGGGGUCAACUGGACCAGGCAACCAUCAAGUCAUUCAUGCAUCAGCUCUUGAAGGGCAUUGCUUUCUGCCAUGAAAACCGGGUUCUGCAUCGUGAUCUCAAACCCCAGAACCUUCUUAUCAACAAGAAAGGACAGUUGAAACUCGGGGACUUCGGUCUGGCCCGUGCCUUCGGUAUUCCCGUCAACACUUUUUCCAACGAGGUUGUGACGCUGUGGUACCGUGCCCCAGACGUCUUGCUAGGCAGCAGAACUUAUAACACGAGUAUUGAUAUCUGGUCGGCUGGCUGUAUCAUGGCAGAACUCUACACCGGUCGUCCCCUGUUCCCUGGCACUACGAAUGAAGAUCAACUCCAAAAGAUUUUCCGUCUUAUGGGCACACCUUCGGAGCGCUCAUGGCCCGGCAUCUCUCAACUGCCGGAGUAUAAGUCGAAUUUCCACGUGUAUGCAACCCAAGAUCUUGGCCUAAUUCUCCCCCAGAUCGAUCCUCUGGGACUGGAUCUAUUGAAUCGGAUGCUCCAGCUUCGUCCCGAGAUGCGCAUCAGUGCCCACGACGCCCUGCAACAUCCUUGGUUCCACGAUCUCCCUCAGUUGCAGGCGCAGCUGCAGCAACAGCAGCAGCAACAGCAACAGCAACAGAUGUCCGGGGCAUAUGGCGGGAUGGUUCCUCCCCAGCAAGCGUAUUAGCCAUCAGCAGUCGAGAGUUAUCACUUUCUAUUAUCGCAACUCGUGUUCUGAUUUGUGCUCUGCGGUUAUAUCUUACCUUUUGCACCGUAUUGACUUUUUUUCAUGAGAUGAAGGACAUGAUGAAGCACUUGGAUUGGUUCUAGAACGGAGAGCGUGGCGUUAUACUUGAAGAAGGGCUCGAUGUGGUGUUCUCUUGUUUGCCCUUGGUUCUCGCAGAUUCCCGUCUUUCUUUCAGCUUAUAUUAGCGUAUGCGAGAUGAUAUCGCCAGUAGGGAAUCACAAUCUACAGUUUGAU